AUGUCCACCGAAAAAAUUUCAUUUUUGCUCAAUUGGCAACCAACGCCAUACCAUAUUCCAAUUUAUAUUGCUCAAACAAAGGGAUUCUAUAAAGAGGAAGGAGUUGAUAUCUCGAUUUUGGAACCAUCCAAUCCAUCUGAUGUCACCGAGUUAAUUGGAUCGGGAAAGAUUGAUAUGGGAUUAAAAGCCAUGGUUCACACCCUUGCAGCAAAGGCUAGAGGCUUCCCAGUUACUUCUGUUGGUUCCUUGUUGGACGAGCCAUUUACCGGUGUCUUAUAUCUUGAAGGGUCUGGGAUUACAUCUGAUUUCACAUCCUUAAAGGGUAAGAAAAUCGGUUAUGUUGGUGAAUUUGGCAAGAUCCAAAUUGACGAAUUGACUAAGCAUUAUGGUAUGACUCCUGAUGAUUAUACCCCUGUCAGAUGUGGUAUGAAUGUUGCUAAAUAUAUCAUCGAAGGUAAAAUCGAUGCUGGUAUUGGUAUCGAAUGUAUCCAACAAGUCGAAUUGGAAGACUAUUUAAGAAAGCAAGGAAGACCAAUCAGUGACGCCAAAAUGUUAAGAAUCGAUAAGUUGGCUGAAUUAGGCUGUUGUUGUUUCUGUACAAUCUUGUACAUUUGUAAUGAUGAAUUCUUGAAGGCUAACCCUGAGAAGGUUAAGAAAUUCUUGAAGGCCACUAAGAGGGCCACUGAUUAUAUUCUUGCCCAUCCAAAGCAAGCCUGGGAAGAAUACUCUGAUUUUAAGCCACAAAUGACUUCUGAAUUGAACUCUAAGAUGUUCGAAAGAUGCUUUGCUUACUUCUCGGAUUCUUUAUACAAUGUUCACCGUGACUGGAAGAAGGUUACCGCGUAUGGUAAAAGAUUAGAGAUCUUACCUCCAGAUUAUGAGUCAAAUUACAGCAAUGAAUAUUUGUCAUGGCCUGAACCAAAGGAAGUUGAAGACCCAACCGGGGCCCAGAACUUAAUGCUCAAACACCAAGAAGAGUGUAAAUCUUGCGGUGGUUAUCGUAGAUUGGCCGUCAACUAA